AUGACCGCCCGUGAAGAGAACAAGGGCGUUGUUCAAGCCGUUGUUUGUCUCUUUUGCGAGUGUUGGCGCCGUGAGGUCACAGAAGACGAAGUCCCCGAUGGACGCAAGCGGAAGAGUACUACCAAUAACAAGCAUUGGAAGGACAUGUUUCGCAGUGACAACAUCCACAAGCACAUGCAGGAGCAGCAUCCUAAGAAGUUCGAAGAGUACGAAGCGCUGAGAAAGGUGGCAAGUUCCACGCCGGAGUUUCUCAAGGGUUUACUCGAGCAAUUGACGGUUGAUGCUUUCUUCAAGAAGCGCAGCACGGUUGUUGGCCGCAAGAGCAUCUUCACAAUAUAUAAGAGCAUCGUCGAGGUCAUCAUCUUGGAGCUAUUGAUGCCGGCUGCAUUGUGGAACGACGACGACGGCGAGGAACUUCGUGACGAUUGUGGCAUGGAUGUUUUCGAAACUUAG